AUGAAUCCCAAUAAAGCUGCAGAAAUUUUUCCUGAAAUUCUUGGUGACCUUCUAUCAUAUACUGAGUCAAGAUAUAAACGUGUACUUGAAUUGUAUUUCACUGAAGAUGCAAAAUUGACACAUCCACUUUUAAAUGUUGAGGGUACACAUAAUAUUCGUAAAGUAUAUAGAGUAUGGACCUCUUUAAAUGCUCAAGAACCUGAAAUUAAAGAAUAUCCAAUCUUCAAUGGCGAUACCGCCAUAAUUCAUUUAGUUCAACAUUUACGUCCAAGAAUCCUUCCAUUUAUUCAUUUCGAGGUUCCUUCAGUGACCAUACUUAGACUUCGUGAAGAUGUAAAAACUGGAUUAUUAUAUAUUUAUAGACAAGAGGAUGAUUGGACGCUUGAAGGUCUUAUUCAAAGUGUCCCGAUUAUUAAUUGGUGGUAUGAGAAAGUGGUUCGUGUUGUUAUUGGUGGAUUGAUUGCAUGUACUGGUGGACUCAUAUCCGUUGCAAAUUCUGCCACUUCUCGAUUAACCAUUAGAGCAAGUGAAUUCAGAAAUACUACCGUAUCACAAGGUCAAUCUAGAGCUUUAUCCAUGGCUUACGCUUUAACUGAUAGUGUAAAAUCUCAAUUCCAAUUUGCUCAAGAGAGUGUAUUAAAUCAAUAUGAUAAAGUUCGUGGAGUUGAAAAAGAUACUUAUAUCAAUGGGUCAAAAGAUCUUGAAUUGGAAACUUUUGCUUAG